AUGCAAAGUAAACUUGGAAAAUAUGAACUUGUCAAGACUAUUGGCAGAGGAUCUUGGAGUAAAGUAAAGCUAGCUAUCAAUAAAAUAGAUCAAACUGAAGUUGCAAUUAAGAUUCAUAAACUCGAUCAUCCUGAUCUUAACCAAGAAAAGGUCAUCAUUAUUCAGAAUGAAGCCAAACUUCUCGCCAGAAUAGAGCAUAAGAGAAUCGUCAACAUAGUUGAAUACUAUACUAAAUAAGUAGUAGAAAAAUCUGAUGGUUUUAAAUAUGAUGUUGUGUGUGUCAUUGUCAAUGAAUUAGCUAAAGGAGGUGAGCUAUAUUAUUACAUAAAAAAUAGUGGUGCUUUUCUGGAGAGAGAAGCUCGAUAUCUCUUUCUACAGAUUCUCGAAGGUUUGGAAUUUCUUCAUUCUCAAGGAGUCUGUCAUCGAGAUCUCAAGCCAGACAAUAUUCUUCUAACUGAAAACUAUGAUGUUAAAAUCAGUGAUUUCGGAUUUUCCGGUCCACUUGCAGGUCGAUCUGGUGACGGAUUAUUAAGAACUCAUCUAGGAACAUUGCCAUAUCAAGCUCCUGAGAUAAAUCUAAAACUCAAAUAUAAGGGUUAAAAUGUUGAUAUUUUCUCUUUAGGAGUUAUCCUUUUCAACAUGGUAAUUGGUGUUUUUCCGUUCAGAAUAGCUCACCAAACUGACUAAUGCUAUAGAUAAAUCAUGAAAGGAUAGACGGGAUAAUACUGGAAAUACUUUAAAAGUAUUGUCGCAAGAAACGGUGGUCAACCAUUUAGCUAGGAUUUCAAGGAUCUAAUCGAGAGAAUGCUUGAAUUUAAUCCAGAUAAAAGAAUUAUGUUAGACUAGAUUAAAAAGCAUAAAUGGGUGACAUCGAGAGAUGUUCCAUCACCCAAUGAAAUUAGAAUCGAAUUAGCAAGAAGAAAAGCAAUAAAUGAAAUUGAAGAACAAAAAGACCUUGCCUAGAAGAUGCAAAAACGAAACACUCUUUAGAAUUAUUAGAAACUAAAAAACAUAAAAAAUGUCUAUUAAGAUGAAGAAAAAUAAAAAAGAUAAAGAAAUAAAAUGGCCAAAUCAAAAGAUGAGACUUCUGAUCAAUACUUGCUUAAAAAUGCCAGUAAUAUUAAAGGAUGCUAAGAUUAAAUCAGAGGUAUCAACCAUGAUUAAAUUCAUCAACAGUCUAUUAUAAAUAUUCAUGUCUGA